AUGCGUCCCACUUCAGCUACCAAUGCUUUGGUUUUGGGCCUUCUUGGCUUGGCCCCUUUCGCUGCCGGCCUCCCAACAGCUGGAUCUGUAGACCUCGAGCGCCGAUAUGUUGGUUCUGCUGCAGCUCUAGCCACCAAGCUGGUACGCUCCGUUAUCCCAGGAGUUGAAGCUCGCCACCAUACCGAGGCCCAAAUUGCUGCCAAAGAACAGGCGGCUGCCAAGAAAGGUGGAAAGAAAAACCAUGCCCGUGGGGCUGAUGAGGUUCCCGCAGAUGAUGAGUUCGGGUCUUGGUCUGAUAAGCGUGCACCUCACCAUACUGAGGCCCAAAUCGCUGCCAAGGAGGCUGCUGCCAAGAACAAAGGUGGAAAGAAGAAUAAUGCUCGUGAGACUGUAGUACCCGAAGAUGAUGAAUUCGGGUCUUGGUCUGAUAAGCGAGAGCCUCAUCACACCGAGGCUCAAAUUGCCGCCAAGGAGGCUGCCGCCGCUAAGAAGGGAGGAAAGAAGAACCAUGCCCGGGACGUUGAUGAGGUUCCCGAGGAUGAUGAGUUUGGAUCCUGGGCUGAUAAACGUGCACCUCAUCACACAGAGGCCCAAAUUGCGGCCAAGGAGGCCGCCGCUGCUCAGAAGAAGGGUGAAAAGAAGAACCAUUCUCGCGAGGCUGAUGAGGUUCCUGAGGAUGAUGAGUUUGGUUCUUGGGUUACCAGGCGAGACCCUCACCACACUGAAGCCCAGAUCGCUGCUAAAGAGAAGGCCGCUGCUAAGAAGGGUGGAAACAAGAAUCACGCCCGCGAGGCUGAUGAAUUUAGCUCUUAG